GGUUUGACGACAUUGUUGUUCGAUUCAAUUUUGCUCCGAAAAAUUAUGUCGGCCGGAAAGAAGCAUGCUCGCAGCGACAGCGAGGACCAGAGCGUCCGGGUCGCAAAGAAACCAAAGACGAGCGAGAUUGCCGAUGCCACGCUUGAAGGCGAGCCCUCCACCCUGAAGGCCGAUAAGAAGAAGAAGGACAAGAAAGACAAGAAGGAAAGGAAAGAGAAGAAGGGGAAGAAACAGAAGAAAGACGAGCUCGAGGACGCGGACCAGGAAGAGGACCAGCAGGACCCUGUCGCUGUUGAGGCCGCAUCGGAGUCGAAGCCCGAGAAGAAGGACAAGAAGGACAAGAACGACAAGAACGACGAGAACGACAAGAACGACAAGAACGACAAGAAAGACAAGAAAGACAAGAAAGACAAGAAGGUCAAGAAGAAGAAAUCCAAGUCUGCAGAAGAGUCAACCUCGACUCCGGAUACGCAGGACGCAGUGUCCAAUGACACUACCACAGUCGGCCCCGCCCCGACCACGAACGACGCACUCCAGCGCAACGGCGCCGCCUACUCGUACCAGCAAACCCUGGCCCUAGGCGCCCUGUCCGAGGAUGAGAUCCAGGCGUUCUUAAAGAAGCAGGAAAUUGCCGUCUCAGAUCAGUCCGGCACCAAUUUCCGCCCAGUCCUUCAGUUCUCGCACCUGCCGACCUCGACCCUGCUCUCCAAGAAACCCUUCUCCGCCUACACAGCUCCCACGCCGAUUCAGGCCGCUUCAUGGCCCUACGCCCUCUCCGGCCGCGACGUCAUUGGUAUCGCCGAGACCGGGUCCGGCAAGACCAUGGCCUUUGCCCUCCCCUGCGUCGAGUCUCUCGCCUCGUCCCCAAAGCCAUCCCAUAGCAAGAAGGACAAGACGGCUCAUGCACGCGCCGUCGUAGUGUCCCCGACACGCGAGCUCGCCAUGCAGACCCACGCCGCCAUGUCGUCCCUGGCCUCGCUCGUCGGCCUGUCGACCGUCUGCCUGUACGGUGGCGCGUCCAAGGACGACCAGCGCGCGUUGCUGCGCAAGAAUACCGGCGCCGACAUCAUCGUCGCGACCCCGGGGCGGUUGAAGGAUUUCCUCGCCGAAGGCGCCGUGUCGCUGUCCGACGUCAUGUUCGCCGUCCUCGACGAGGCCGACCGCAUGCUCGACAAGGGUUUUGAGGAGGACAUCAAGCUCAUCCUCGGAAGCUGCCCGCCCCGCGAGAAGCGGCAGACGCUCAUGUUCACGGCCACCUGGCCCACGAGCGUGCGCGGCCUGGCCGAGGGCUUCAUGGUGAACCCGGUCAAGGUCACCAUCGGCAACCGCACCCGCGCGGGCGGCGAUGAGAAUGGGGAGGGGAAUGGGUCCGUCGAGCUGCAGGCCAACAGCCGUAUCGAGCAGAAGGUCGAGGUCGUGGACCCCCGCGGCAAGGAGCAGCGGCUGUUGGAGUUGCUCCGGGAGGCGCAGAAGGGGAGCGCAAAGAACGACAGGAUAUUGGUCUUCUGCUUGUACAAGAAGGAAGCUGUCCGCGUGGAGCAGUUCCUUGAGAGGAGAGGAAUCCGCGUGGCCAGUAUUCACGGUGAUCUUCGGCAGGAACAGCGGACGCGCAGCCUCGAGGCGUUCAAGGCCGGCACAACGUCGGUCCUGGUGGCGACCGAUGUUGCUGCACGUGGCCUGGAUAUCCCCGAGGUCAAGCUGGUCAUCAACGUCACGUUUCCCCUGACGAUUGAGGAUUAUGUUCAUCGCAUUGGGCGGACGGGCCGCGCCGGGAAAAAGGGCAAGGCCAUCACACUGUUCACCGAGCAUGACAAGGCGCAUUCUGGAUCGCUCAUCAACAUUCUCAGGGCGGCAAAGCAGGACGUUCCCGAGGAUCUGCUCAAAUUCGGCACGACCGUGAAGAAGAAGGCGCACGAUGCAUACGGGGCAUUCUACAAGGAUGUGGAUCCGAGCAAGAAGGCCACCAAGAUCACGUUCGACUAG